AUGAGCUUAGUAAAUGAAAAAUCAUCUUUGGCUAUUGUACCUGAACUAGAUAUUUUUAGUAAUUCAUUGGUUCAAACUUCAAUAAAAGAACGAUUUUGUGAAGAAGUUCGACCUUUAUCUCAACUUAAUAAUGGUGGACAUAUUGAAUUUGAAAUUAAAAGUAAUAUUGAUGAGUAUAUUUCUUUAUUCGAUUCAACAUUAUAUUUUAGUUUUCGAGUUAAAUUAGCAAAAACGAAUAAUACUGAAAUAGUUGAGAAUGAUUGGAAUAAUGUAUCAUUAGUUAAUAACUUUUUCAAUUCUUUAUGGAGCCAAAUAGAUGUGUCUAUAAAUGAUUCACAAACAUCAUCAUCUUUACAGACAUAUGCUUAUAAAUCUUAUAUAGAAAAUAUGAAAGGAGAAAAUGUAAAUAUUCCUGUAAAACAAAGAAUUGAAUUAAUUAAAAAUGAAACAAGUGAACCUCCUCAUACAGGAAAGUAUGUUGAAUUAGAAGGCAAAUUAUUUAUCAGUAUGUUUCUACAGACAAAAUUACUUGUUGGUGGUACAAAAUUAAAUAUAAGAAUGAUUCCCAAUAGACCUGAAUUUUAUUUUAUGACUAAUGAUAGUACAUUAAUACCUAGAAUUCAUUUUGAAGAUAUUCACUUUAAUAUUAUUAAAUGUCGAGUAUCUGAAGAUAUUGUUGCAGCACAUACUAAAAGUUUUAAUAUACAUAAAGAUGUUGCAGCAAAGUAUAUACUGAAUAGAAGAGAAGUACGUACAGUUACCAUAGAUGCUGGCGCGCGUAGUAGAAAUAUAGAAAAUGUUAUUAAUGGACAAUUGCCGCAUAGGGUAUACGUAGCAUUUGUAACUAAUGAAGCUUACAGUGGAUCAUAUACUAAAAAUCCAUUUAAUUUUUAUCAUUUUGAUAUAAAUUCUAUUUCAUGUUUUAUAAAUGGAAAUCAAAUUGCAAGAAAACCAUUUACGCCAGAUUUUGGCAAAAACAAAUAUUGUCGUGAAUACCUGGAAUUAUUUAAAGUAACUCAACAAUAUGAUGAAAAAGGUAAAAUGGAUAUAACUAGUGAAGAUUAUAAAAAUGGUUUUACUAUAUUUGGAUUUAAUACAAAUCAAGAUCAUACUCAUGGUUAUCAAGAUACAGGUUACGUAAACGUUCCACAAUAUGGUAUUAUGAGAUUUGAAAUACAUUUUGAAAAACCUCUACCAACAAUUGUUAAUGCAUUAUUUUAUUACGAGUUUGAGAAUUUAAUAAGUAUGUAUAAAGACAAGUCUAUAGCAAUGGAUUAUCGUUAA